AUGGCUAUUUGUAACACAGUGGUGGUGAAUACGAAACCGCGCAUGGAUACAAUUGAGGAGGAAGGCUUCAUAGAAGAUGGUCUCUUUACUGUCGGCAAUUCCACAUUCCUCUCUUCGCUUACGAAUGAAGCAGCAUCAGCAAAGGAAAAAGGAUCUCCAUGUGCUGACGCUACUGUGGAAGCAGUUGAUGAAAGGUUUUCUGAAGAGGCGGAAUGGACACUGGGUCAGAGGACAUUCGCAUCUGGCUCCAGUACUGGUACUCCAUCUCCUGCUGCGACAGCCCGUUUGGAUACAGCUUCUCGAGGAUCAUCUUUCAGUCAGCGUCUUUACGACUUGCCCAAUGAAGUACUCCAAUUUUCCAAAAAGCUAGUAUUUUAUACCAAUUUUGAGUAA